CAACGUCUGUAUAUAUGUACUUAUGUUUCGGUUCGAGUAGGUGACAAAUAACUUUCUAAAAAAAACAAAUAAAUCAACCCAAUUAAUUUUCAUGUGCUGAAAUAGUUUUAGUUGCACAUGUUUUGUAAUACUCUAUGUCCAAAUAAAAACAAAAACAAGAAAAAAAUGUUAUUUUCAACCAUGUGGAAGUCCUUUUACCUUUCAGGAACUUCUCAGAUUUAUUGAAAAUACUAAAUUCGAUUACGAUAAUUUUAAAAAUCAAUAUUUGUUUGAAUUUACGUGCAGGAUUUUUGACUCAAAACCUCAUAUCUGAACAAAUUUAUUGUAUGGAGGGAGGGGGCUAUAUGUUUUGGUGGUCCGAUCUGCGGGUUCCAACAUAAGAUCGUUUAAUCCUAAAAUUUCAUUGUUAGGUAUUUCUACAAAAAAUGAAGCCUGCCAUAAAGUUAUAGUCAAUGGGGAAGGCCAUAAAGCCAUGAAUAAUGACUUCUUCGCACCUGAAUUGGAGGAUGGGAAUGAACCAAGGGUUCCAACAAGAUGGCGCUUCAUGCCAUAGAGCAAACGGAACAAUCAAUUUAUUGAAGGAAACUUUUGAUACGAGCAUUAUCUCGUGUCGUAGCCGCCAAGAUCAUGCGAUUUAACACCGCUAGACUAUUUUCUGUGGGUUUGUGUGAAAUCACUUGUCUCUUAAGAUAAGCCCGAGAAGACUUACACUUUGUAACAGUGCCUUCGGCGUGUUAUUUUUAACUUAGGGCUCCAGUCGCUGCAAAAAGUGGUUGAAAAGGGAAUCUAUUCGAGUCAAUUUUCCGAAAUAAUUGUUUAAAACAAAAUAGCAAACACUUAUUUGUUCUUGAAAAAAAAACAGGUCUACAAAAAAAACAACCUUUAUAUAUAUAUAUAUGUGUGGGUGCAGUACUUGGGUAAAGCUCUUGAAGUUUUCUUCAUUACUUUCACUCUGCAAUUUUAUGCCAAGAAGACCUAAAAUCCGAUGGAUAAUGAACUAAUAAUAAUAUAAUAUGUAAUGUUAUAUGUACAAACAUAUAUGAAUUAAUUUUAACAUUUUUACAAAUAUAUAUGUAACGAAAUCUCUUCCCGAUGAACAAUAAACAUAUAUAAUAAAAACACCAUAAAUAAUUUCCCGGUAUUUCAUAAGCAUUUUGCCAUCAAAAAAAAAAAAAAAUUAUAUGAUAAGAUAAAGAAUACACCGUUAAAGGCAAAAUAUCUUUAAAUAGUGUUACAAUCACUGAUGUAAAUAUAAAUGUAUGUGCGUAUGUGUCAUUUGAAUUGAAAUGUGCUGGAGUAUCAAAGUUACCCCCCAACCCCACACACACACCAAUACAGUUGCACUAGAUAUAAGCUCAAAGGUACACAAAUACCUUUACCCACAUAGAUAUGUCCACACAUAUAUUAUGUACAUUUGUAUUUAUGUAUGUAUUUAUGUACUUAUGUCGUUCUAUCAGUGCAAAAAGAUAUCGAAUAACAAAAACAAUUCAACAUGUUUAUAGAUAUGUACAUACGUAUGUGCGCGUAAAUAUGUAUGUAUGUAUUAAGUAACAAUAAUGUGACACAAAGCACAGCCGAGUAGAGCAAUCUUAUCAAUUUGUUCAGUUGUCGUGUUAAAGUGAAAAAGGUAAAUGAAAAAACUAUGAAAAAUUGCAUACAACAUAAAAUCCUACAAUGGCCACCGCAUCGCUGAUAACAACAAUAAAAACAACAACAAAAACAGAGGAUAUGCAAACAAUACAAAUAAAUUUACCUAAAGAAUAUAAGCAACAACAGGAGAUCUUAGCAAAUUAUAGAAAUGAAAAUAAUUGGCUAUGGCGGACUUAUCGAGGUCCACACAUACACACGCAUACGUGUACACUACAUUUAAGCUCAGCCAUAUAUUGGUUAUUAGUGACGACAUUACUCACAUUGUCCGCCUCCUACAGCCAUGCGGAUUACUACAACAAUGGCGGUAGUCAUUGGCCGCCACCACCAUCACCACCACUACAACCCAUCCCACCACCGGCGGGCAUCAUACCGAAUGUCACUUGUAUAGCGCAUGACACCAAAUUCACUUGUGAUUGUCAGUAUGUGAAUCAGCGCCUACAACUGCCUCACCUGAUUGGUUAUGUGUUCCAAGUAGAGAUAAGCAAUUGCAGAUCCUUGACCAUCGAAGCUAAUGCAUUGGAAGAUACGCAAGGUUUACGUAAAAUCACCUUUAAAAAUGUGGAAAAUUUGAUAUUAAAUAAAUAUGCCUUGGCAUUUCCACGCUAUGCGAGCAAUACGCCGCUCAUCAUUGAGUUUGAGAGAGUAAAUUUCGAAUUGAUCGAUUCACAUGCGAUCAAUGGUAAUAUAGAAGAGAUCUCAUUUAUCGGUGGACGUAUCGAUGUUAUACAUCCAUUUGGUUUCACGACGCUCAAGGAUCGUGCCAUUUUAUUGAAAAUGGAUAAUGUUUUGGUUAAGCGUAUAGAACCACAGGCUUUCAAGAAGUUCGCUGUCGAACAACUGGAAAUACGAAACUGUAUUUUCAAUACAAAUGUGCCAUCGAAAGCAUUUUAUGAACUUGAGGUGCUCAAUGCAUUACGCAUACACAAUAAUCAAUUUCAGGAAGUGCAUUCACAUGCGUUUUCAUUUAAAAUCGUCAGCAAACUCAGCAUAACGGAGAAUUACUUCGCCGCUAUUGAUGCGGAAUGGAUUGAGGCUUAUGUGCGGGAGAGCGUGCUUAUACGCGAUAACUAUUUUGGUCUGACUAGUCCAAUAGCAUUUCAAGGCAUCCACCUACACCGCGACUACACACACAGCGAGCUGCUCGAACUGCAAUUCAACAACAACACCAUACACUUACCAAUCGAAACUAGACCGUUAGAAUUUAACGACCGUUUCGCCUUGAACAUCAAACAACUGCGCUAUGAGAACACUUAUGGUUGCAGCGAACUAGAUGCAGCACAAAAACCACCCAUACCCAAACAGACAUUCUUUCGCAAUAAUGUUGAUAAUAUCUAUGUGCUGGCAAAGGCACCAAAAGCACCGUUGGCAACGCCAGCUACUGGGCGUGCGCUCAUUCCUAGUCCCAACAACGACUUCGUGUUACUCAACAAAUACAUCGAAACAAAUUGUCAGCCGCGCUCCUAUUUGAUAUACAUACUUUUAGGCGUACUCCUGCUACUGCUCGUAUUGCUGCUGAUUGGCGGCAUUGUGUGGCUGCAGGUGGCCAAACGACGUAAGAAGCGUAAAUUGGACGUUGUUAUGCCCGAGCCACGCACAUAUAAGGAAACGCAAAUCGUGUAUCAAAUCGAAAAUGCGGGACUCCUAAAGACUGAUCUGUGAGUGAGCCGUGCGUUGAGCGCCAAGCGGAGGCUGCGUCGUUGAGGGUGAAGUGUUACUUUUAGAGAAGCUAUGCAAAAUCUUUGCCACGCCAAAUAAAAUCUAAUGUUAUUAAUAAUUAAGCAGCAAGUUAUACGUAUAUACAUAUAUGUUAUUAUAGAUGUUUGUAUUUAAUAUAAAUAUACUACAUAUAAUUGUAGUAGUAAAUAAGGGCGAUAGAAUGGUAGUUAGUUGUACGAGUAAUUUAAAUUGAAUCCAAAUACGCUGUUUUACCAAAUUUUUACAACCAAGUUUUAUAGCUGUAAAUUAUUGAAGAUAUUGGAUAUAACGCUUAUAAAUAUGUAUGUACAAUAUAAAAAAUAAAUACGAAUAUUUAAAGAUAAAUUAUUUAGAU